UAGCUAACAAAGGCCGAGGCUCUUGUCCUUGGGCCCACCACAUUAUCAGCUGAUUAGUAGGAGUCCCAGGGAACAGCACUGCCAGGGAGCCUCGGGGUAAUGGCGCUGGAAAGACAAAGGGGGGCCCAGGUGCCCUGUGCUUAGACGGGGGCGGUGGUACAGCAAUUAAACAGCUUUAUCCUCCCAGUAACCCUGCAGCAAGCGCCCCCCAGAGGGGGAUCUGGCUAAUCUCACCUAUAACUGUCCGCCUCUAGCACAGCCGCUGCUCCCAGUCCCGGAUCCCACACCCCACUGAGGCCAGAGAAUGGGGCACCCAACGCCCUAGCAGCGGCGGCGCCGACGUCUCGGAGAGAGCUAUGGGCUAUCACAUGACUAUCUGCAUAAAAUAUUGGAAUCGUAGCCAGGAAAAUGAGCGGCGCUUUCAUGCCUGUACGCUCCGGAGAAUGACCAUGCAGCUUGGAGACGAGCAUAAAGGAGGGACCCAGUCCUGCCACCAUUCAAAGACAUGGCAGAACUUCAGUGGGAGCAGGAUCAAGCCCCAAGAAUGAUUCUGAGCGUAAAGAUAAAGUGGCUUUCCCAGAGCAGCCAGGACACCUAUGAACCACAGCAAAGGCCCAGUAGCUACGCAGAAGGCACUCAGGGCAGGACUUUUGCAUCACAUGGAUUGCUCACCCGGGUCGGAAAUCCAGUCUGCAACUCCAGAACAAACCCACAACCGCACCAAACAGGGAAGAAGGGUGAACGUAUAAAGACCCUGGACACCUCUUCUAAGAACGACCCCAGGAGUGAGAAGCUUUUGGAUUCUUCCUCCUCUAUAGCAGCAGCACCAGCCGCAGCCAAGCGGGCGUGGGGCGCCGCGGAGUCCGGUUCCGACUGGGAGAGCGGCCGCUCGGAGUGCCAGUCCCCCGAGGAGCCCGGCGGCAGGGGCAGCCGCCGCUUGCGCACCGCCUUCAGCGUGGAGCAGAUCAGCACCCUGGAGAGCUCCUUCAAGCGCCACAAGUACCUGGGCUCCGCCGAGCGCCGCAAGCUGGCCGCCAAGAUGCAGCUGUCCGAAGUGCAGAUCAAGACCUGGUUCCAGAACCGGCGCAUGAAGCUGAAGCGGCAGCUGCAGGAGAUGAGGCCGGAGCCCUUCUACAGCCCCGUCCCCUUCGGAGCUCGGGGCGGGCCCCUGCCCCUGCACUACGUCUACCCGGCUCACCAGCCGCUCCUGGCUCACCUCCCCAGGCAGGAGGCCGUACCCGCCAGCUUCGCCUUCCCAGCACUGCCAGCCUCUGGCCUGAGCCCCGCCAGCACCUUCCGGGGGGAGCCAGGCUUCUGGCAGGCGCCCUGCUUUGUGGGCUACAGAGGUUCCAGGGCCUUCUUGCUGCCCAUUUGAACCCGCUGGGCUGGCCUGUGACUCAGAGAAGGAUUUGCACUAACUCUGGCUCUGCGGGGUCGCCUAGGCCUGUACCUGCCUGCUGUGUUUAUGAUGCGAUCCCCUGGGACAUAGCGACAAUAUUGUAUAUGGACACUUACAUGAGGAUAAUGGGGCCGAGUAUUAAUAUAAUGUGGAACCGUCCAAUAAAACCGAACACUUGCCAGCUUUCACUCUACUUCCUUGCACAAGACCUCAGGAGCCCUUACUUGCCAUAAUCCUGAACACAGCCUCUUUCUUUCCUUCCUUCCACCCUGCCUCCUAAAUUCAGGAUGUCAACUAAUCUGCAAAGCCCUGACUCAAAUCCAAUGUUUCCCUUCCAUGGGCCCAGAAUAGGCUCCUAUAUAGAUUUGCAAUUUGAGCUGGUUUAAUAGUCUCUGCCUGGAGACCACCUUUUAAGGAAGUGGGUUUGAGAGUUUAAGAAUCAUAACCUGGAGAAACUCAAUACCCUGCCAAACCACCCAGCAGCCAGCAGAGUGUUGAACCUUGCAGUAUGCACACAAUGGGUGAUAUCGUGCUCAUGGCAAAAUUCCCAUUGACUGCAAUGGACUUGACUGUGGCCAGGAUUUCACACUGUGUUGAGUUUUAGUGCUGCUGCCUGAUCCUUGGUACAGAGGCGCCUAUACUUGCCCUGUUCUGGUUAAAACUGUUACUAUUAUAGACACUCCAUCAUUAUCCAAUUUAAAUCACUAGGAGUCAAAUCCUAGGUCCAUUGAAGUCAAUGGCAAAACUCUUACUGAGUGACUUCAGUGGGGCCAGGAUUUCACCAUAGGGAAGUUUGCUACUGACACAAACAGGAACAAGAUUGGGCCCUGUGUCAACUACUCCCUGGGUGGCUCUGCUUCUAUUUUAUUUAAUCUGACAGCACUAAUAUAUAAUGACCAUAGGAUUCAUUUUCAGAUUUAUUCAUGCAUCUAAAAUAAGGUGUUAAUAUUUGGGAAAUCAGCUUCCUACAUUUAAGCAUACAAUGAUAAGUCUAAGAGAUCUGUCCAGAAUCGGGCCUGCAGCUCUUAUUCACAUGAAAAGCAGAUAGCUACAUCAGUAGGAUUACUCUUGUAACCUUGAGCAAGGGCUUUCAGGAUCAGGCCAAUUACAGUAGUGACUGACCUGGAGGAACUGCUAUGUUUUACAAAAUCAGAAAGGAAUGGAAGACAUAUUUACAUGAGAGGCCCUGAUAGUCUAUGGUGGAACAAGUAUGACACAGACAAAAGUACAUAUAUGUGUGCAAAGCAGACUGGCUCGUGCACAUUAAUUUUUAAUAUUUAUACACUACUGCUACAUUUUAAAUGUAUUUUUGUGCUAGCCAACCAAUUACUGGGGAAUACCUUUUAAAAGACAGAGUGUAUAGACAAAUUAGAUAGGCAAUUAGUAGGCAUUUUUUUUAAAAGUAUAAAAUUUUAACUCCUCACCCUGAAAAACACCACCCAGCCCUUUGAGAUUUCUUUGAUACCAAAUACCAUGAAAGGGUAGGGUAUUUGUCUUUUUGUUUGUUUGUUUUUGUUUUAACAAAUGAAUAUGCAAGAAUAAAUAAUCCCUAGCUCAACCAAGUGUGGUUAAAUGACAAUGUUCAAAUUAUAGGUGUUCCUGGAAAUGUUGUGCCUCUGGGAAGCCUUCUGAAAAAUAACACCAUACUCACAUGAACUCAUCCCACCCAGAUCAAUCCAGAUUUACUUUUCUAUUUACUCUUAUCAUUGAUCCAGCCUUGUAACUUCUUCGUCAGCUUAGACUCCUGUCAGUCUCCUGUGAGUCGGGGGUCCCACCAUAAUGAUAUUCAGAAACUCCAUUGUAUCAAUCAGGUGUCAGGUUGCCUUCAAUAAAA